AUGCUGAAAUUGAAUCCAAACGAAAGCCAAACAGGGUUUGGGCUUUUCUGGGACUUGGACAAUAAACCACCGAUGCCAAUCCCACCUUUUGAUGUUGCCAAUAAGCGAUGAAUAGCUGUUUCCUUUGGGAUUGUUCGUUACAUGGUGGCUUAUGCAAAUAGCCACACUUUUAGUCAUGUUCCUCAAUCUGUACGGGAGAAAAGGAAAGAGAGGGAACUGUUGUAUCGUUUAGAGAACAAGGGUGUCAUCAAGCCAAAUGAACCUUAUCGUUGUCGGGUUUGUGGGAGAAAGUUUCAUACUAAUGACAAGCUUGUCAACCAUUUCAAGCAACUGCAUGAGCGUGAGCACGGUAAAAGGAUAAACCAGAUUGAGUCUGCUAGAGGGAACAGGAGGGUGAAGUUGGUGGCUAAGUAUUCUAUGAAAAUGGAAAAGUAUAAGAAGGCUGCAAGUGCUAUUCUCACACCCAAAAGUGGGCUUGGUGUUGGCACCAUGACGCUCAAACGUGCUGGGUUUUCCGCGUGUCAAACUGUGUUGGAUAAGCCGCAGGCUGCAGAUCGAGCAUUGCAAGCCACCAUUGUGGAUGUCAUGAGGAUCCAUAGGGCGGGUUGGUGUGUGGUUCUUUCUGUGUCUGAUGAUUCUGAUUUUGUUGAUGGGGAUAAAGGAGGCAAGGCUCGAUGUCUGAAGACGGUUGUGUCGUAGGGGAAUAUUGAUGAUGGUGUCCUUGAAGAGGCCUGCGAUACUGCACUGCUUUCUUCGUAGGAAAUUCUGAUGGGGAAGGCUAAAAAACAGGCUGCUGCGGUUGUGAAAAACUGGAAUGACUCGUAUGAUUUUGGUUUAGAGUGGACAUAUAACCCUGGAUGCAGAUAAAAAUAAACUGGAUGUGGAUGUGGAUGAUAUUGUAGCUGAAACUCUGAAGAUGAUAAUAUUGAAGAUACUCUGAUAAGUUUACGAUGUCUAUAAGGAUGACAGAGGUUCUUGGUGGGAAUUAGAUUCUGACAAUGAUGUCUCAGAGGGACAGUCGGGCAAAUCAUCCGAUUUAUCUGUGCAUAAGUGAACACUUGACCUUCUACUUGACCGAGUUUGGUCAUUGAAUA